UUUUCGUAUGUAAUCAUCACGGUCAUUUCUGCUUACUUUCGCGUUACUUCCACAUGUAAAUGCAUGCAUUCACCGCUUGAACCGUUUGUAAUUUCCGAUUAGGUAACACGUGACCUAUACUGGCUUCGUCGCGCGACGCGUUUCACUCCUUGAGUAAUAUCUUCUACGUUUUCAAGUCGGAACACUAUCUCUGUUUGAAAAAUGGCACCACGAGGUCUGUCUUUGGAAGAGAAACGCACUAAGUUAUUGGAGAUAUUCCACGACACAAAAGACUUCUAUCAAUUGAAGGAGCUUGAGAAGCUGGGUCCCAAGCUCAAGGGAAUUGUUUCCCAGACGGUCAAAGAAGUCUUACAGUCCCUCGUCGACGACGGCCUUGUCCAGGGUGAUAAAAUCGGUGCUUCAAACUUUUUCUGGAGCUUUCCUUCGCAAAGAGGAACUAUCGUCCAAAACCGCCUGGACAGCGUGAAGGAGACAAGGGCCGGUCACGAGGCUCAGCUAGCUGAACUAAAAACAGCUAUCGAACACGAGAGAACUCUCAGACCCCUAAGUGAUUCUCGCGCGACAGCGUUGGAGCAGCUUACUUCCAUGAAAAAGCAACUCGCUGUUCUACAAGAAGAAAUCGAUGCUUACGGCGCUUGUGAUCCUGUGAAAGUUGAAGAGAAAAGGAGAGCUGUCACACUGGCACAUGAGGCGGCAGUACGGUGGACAGACAAUUAUUCCAUCCUUCUUUCACAUUUCACUCGCCAAACUGGGAUGGACGCACAAGACAUCAGGAGGUAUUUGGAGAUCGGGGAUGAUUAUGAGGAUAUCUUCUGAAGUUUUGUCCA